UCCUAUGUUCCGGAGAGCAGAGCACGUAGUGAUAUGCUCUCACAAGCUACUUGCUACAAUUGGAUAAUCUUUCGAUGAAGAAGGUCGAACGAUAAACGAAACGAAACGAAAGGUUUUAUUCGUAAACACCUUCUCAUAAGUUAUUCAAACCUAUUGACAAGUGAUAAGGUUUAUUGAUCAUUCAUUCAAUUUUAAUUACAAAUUCACGUGUAACUUUGUUUAAUCGGUCGGAAAUUGACCGAGUCCAAAGAUGUGCGGUGGUUUUACGUGUUCGAAAAAUGCUCUAACAGCCCUAAAUAUACUUUACAUUGUCGUUGCAUUUAUUUUAAUUGGAGUUGCUGUUUAUGGAAGAGCAUCAGCUUUGGUCACCAAUCUUCCAAUAAUUGGUGGAAUUUUAGCUUGCGGAGUUAUACUCAUUCUCAUUUCCAUUCUCGGAUUAAUUGGUGCUGUGAAACAUCAUCAAGUUUUAUUAUUCUUUUAUAUGCUUAUCUUGUUCCUUCUGUUUUUGAUUCAAUUCAGCAUUGCUUGUGCUUGUCUUGCUGUUAAUGCCAAACAACAAGAACAACUUGCCGAACAAGGAUGGAGACGAGUUGGAGAUGAUUUACGUGCUAAAGUAGAAGAAACUUUCCAUUGCUGUGGAUUUAAUGAUACUGUUAUUGAAACAGAUCCCUUGGCAUGCCACAAUACAAAUAAAACUUGCUGUCCUUAUUCUGAUCGCGAAUGCACCAAUCGAUGUCCAUUAUGUAUGCAAAAGUUGCAAUCUACGAUUGAUUACGCUUUCAAACUCUGUGGUAGUAUAGGAUUAUUUUUCAGUUUUACAGAGGUGAUCGCAGCUUUUCUAGCAAAGCAUUUUAAAAAUCAGCUGGAUUCGCAACAAAAAGCUACAAGAGCUGCAUUUUCCCAAUUAAAUUAUUUUUAUUAAUUUAAACUACAUGUAAUUAUUUAUUUACGUGCAAUUUUAUUUCCUUUGUAGAACAGCAACACUAGAUCUGGGAAUAAUGGGAUUUCGCUUGAUGAAACCCAUAAUCGAUAGAAAAUACGUGAUUAUCAUCGAAGAGUCAGAGAACAAAUUUUGAUUUAUCUAUUUAAAGGAUGAGAUGAAGAAAUGGAUCGUUUUUUCCUGGUUCAUAAUACUCUAAAAAAAAAAAGAAAAAAAAAAUUCUACAAUAAUUCUAAGUAUGAGAGUGAACAAUUUUA